AUGUCAGCUGUUAAUAAUGAGGGUAAUUCACCUUUACAUAUGGCAGUGAUAUUCGAAAAGGACAGCAGUGUGACAACUUUGAUAACAUUGGGUGCCGAUCCAUCAGCUAGAAAUAAGGAGGGAAACUCUCAUACCUCGAUUAGAUCAAGAGAACAGUCCCGUGCCAUCACCAAAAACCAAGCACCUACUAAGGAAAAACUGGAGUUACCAACUACUAUGCAGUCAGAAAUGUCAAAAGGUCCGUAUAUGUAUAGCAAUGAUGUUGAGUUAGGUGUAAAUUUACCGAGAAAAAAAUCAAUAGCAAUAACAAAAGCAAAAGAAAACAAGAGUAUCAAAAGAUUAAUUCACAGCGUUGAACUGACUUACCAGUUGACGGGAGAUAAAUCUUUAUAUAAAGUAUAUGCUGGAGGCCCGUGUAGAGCAGGAAAAAGUACCCUAGCAAGUGUGCUUAUUGGUGAGAAAAUUCCUUUUCAAUGGAAUUCUACAGAUGGACUGGUCAUAUACUUUGGCAGAAAUGGUAUUGAUAUUGACCAGAAAAAAAUGGUUCCGCUGAAGGAGGGUGACAGGGGUCAUAACGUUUUGGCUAAAAUUAUCAGAGGGAAACCAGAUGUUUUUAAUGAAACAAAACCGAGAGAAUUAGAUAAAAGGAAAACAUUGGUCAGGAGAACCACGUCAAAGAACCAAAAUGAAAACAACACCUCCAAAUCAUUAAUCAAAGAUAUGCCAAUGCAUUAUUCAGUUACCAGGACAUCAACAAACGAAUUUGCAAAUCAGAAGCAUACUCCCAUUGCUAAAUCUGAUCUGCAGGCUGAAGGUAAAGAAGCGCCGGGCAAAAUCAUGUCUAAAGUAAGAAAUGACAUUCUAACGUUAGAAUGUCAGAGGCUGAAGCUUCAAUCAGAUAUUUUGGACAAAGUUAGGACUGGACAAUAUAAAAUCGAAAUAGCACCGUCUGACCUGAUUGAUUUUGGUGGACAAAAAUCAUAUGAUAUGACCCAUCAACUGUUCAUACAACACAAAGGAUCAUUUUUGUUGAUGUUUGAUGGUAGAUUUGGUUUACAUAAUCAGUUGGAGGAUUAUCCUGAGGGAGUUACUGCUGCGUCUAUACUGAAACAUUGGGUUGAUUCAAUUUUGACGUACACUGCAGAUGCGGAUGACAUAAUGCCAAUGAUAUUGUUUGCAGCAACACAUAGAGAUAUGUGCGAGGGAGAUACAACAAAGAUGAAGGAAUGCUUCCUAGCAGAUAUUAAAGAGAUGUUUUCCAGUCACGAGAAAAAGAAUCACAUACAUCUGGACACGCUAUACUUUAUCAAUGGAGUAGAUAAAAACGAUGUCGACAUACAAAGAAUGACAGAUCAAAUUGUCAUAUUUGCGAUGAGGCAGACGUCUUGGGGUCAAAGAAGACCCAUGCAAUGGGUUCCUUUAGAGCUACAAAUUUCCAACAUGAAACUGAAGAACAUUAACAUCUUAACAAAAGCAAACCUCCAACAAGUUAAUGUGCUAAAUGCAGACCUGGCUUUGGAUGAACAUCAAAUGGAUGACUUUCUUUUAGUUCAACACUCACUCGGUAAACUGAUGUAUUACAACCUUCCUGGAUUAGACAAGUUCAUCAUAAUCCAUCCUCCUGCAUUAGUAAAUAUACUUAGGUCCUUCGUGACAGACGAAAAAUUUUGGCCGGCAGAUACGAAUCUGAGAUACAUACUUGAAACAAUGACCAAAACGGGAAGAAUCUACAAGAGAGAUCUUUUAAAGAUUUGGAAACAACCCAAAUUUAACCAGUAUAUGCAAGAAGAUGGCAUCAAAGAAUUCGUCUUAAAGCUUCUUGUCCACUUGGACAUACUAAUAGUUCCUAAGGCGUUUAAACAAUCCUCUACAGAUGUGUACCUGGUACCAUGCAUGAUCAAAGCAACACGGCCGGAUUUCAACAACCUGGGAAGUCAAAGAGAGAAAACGAUCUGCCUACAAUACAUACUAGCUCAUAGUUCUAUACCUAGUGCACUAGCUUACAAAGUUAUUGGAGCUGCAGUUAUCGCUUGGCCAUUAAAGGAGGAAAAGGACAGACCAUGUCUUUAUCACAAGGCUGCAGUGCUGAACGUAAGUGAAGAUGAUGAACUCCGCAUAUGGGUAGACGACAACCGCGUGAAUGUUUAUCUGACAAACAAGAAAUCAUUACUCUCUAUCUCACCGGAUAUUGCCGCAAGCAUACAAGAUUGUUUGACCAAGAAUAUUGAGUCGUCUCUCUUAUUUUAUCAUAGCAGUUUCGGUAGGACAUUGAAUCCAACAAGGGUAUCAGAACUAUACUACACGGAAAUUGGGAUUCCAUGUGGAGGUGGGAACUGUUUUAUAUCGUCUCUGGAAGUGACGAAAACUAACAAAUGGAUAUGCAAGAACGGAAAGGAACAUAAUACGAACUACGUACGGUACUGGAUAUUCGACAAGUCCCAAAAGACUUGCAGUGUCGGGUGUGCAGGUCUCACAGAUAUUGAACUGCAAACACAACCAAGUGAUAAGCAUCUUGUUAGAUUGGGAAGUCAGAUUGAAUAUGGUAUAUUUAGAGAAUUUUUCCUCAAUUUGGGAAUGGAGUUACAAAAAUGGCGUAGCACAGAGUCCACGUAUGCUUCUCACAGUACCGAAGGAAUUAGAUCGAUGGCACUGAGACAAUGGAAAACAUGCAAUCUAUCAAAACUGAAGGAUCCUACUUUGAAACACAUUUCUGACGCUUUGAAAGAAGUGAAUUUCGAUAGUCAUCUUGUUUGCCAGAUAUUCAGAGAAAACAUGGAUUUGGUAGAACAUGCAGAGCUUAAUCUCCAAGCGGAUCCGACUGAUCAACAUUUGAAGGAAUUGUCAAACCAAAUAGGAAAUUGUCCGCUUCAGUUAGGAAUAGAGCUAGGAUUAAGCUUCACUGAAGUUGAACACAGUUUGUUCAGAUUUCCAAAAGAUCUGCCUGGUUUGGUGGAAGACAUAUUGUUAAAAUGGAAGGCAAAGUCAAAAGUAAAGACAAUAUUAAGUCUAAUGAUGGCACUUCAACGAGUUGAUGCAGGUGGAGUUGGAUAUUUACGUGAAAUUGCAAAACCAUAAGCUUAAAAUUGAAAUAAUCAAAAGUGUGUGGAAAAAAAACUUUUCUUUAAUUAUUAGCAUGAUUAGUGUUUGUUAUCAUUUUUUAGCGUGCUUAACUGUUGUAUAUAUUAUUAGAUU